AUGGGGUCUGUAGCACAUGGCGAUGAGGCUAUAACUACGUAUAGUAUGCAUGUAUCGUCCAAAUACCUCGAGCUCACAAGGAAGAAACUCGAAUUGACGCGUUUGCCACGGGAACUGGAAUUACCCGAAGAGCGAAUGUGGGAGCAUGGUACACCGAAGCGUGUUCUUGAACCUUUGUUGGAUUUUUGGCUAGAAGCCUACGAUUGGCGCGCCGCCGAAUCCCGCUUCAAUUCCCUUCUUCCCCAAUUCCGUACAACGAUCCGUACCACAUCAGCGGCAGGAACGCAAUCUCUCCGCGUGCACUUUGUACACAAGCGAUCGACGAGACCGGGCGCUAUCCCGCUGCUACUAGCACACACAUGGCCCUCGUCGUUUAUAGAGGUCCAACGCAUCAUCAAUGCGCUGACGGAACCGCAGUACGUACCUGAUAUGGGUGGUGCGAUACCCCAGGCAUUUCACGUUGUAGCGCCGAGUAUACCUGGUUUCGGGUUCAGUGAUGCAAGCAUGCAGGAGGGUUUUGGGUUGGAGGGCACAGCAGAAGUGUUUUCGGAAUUGAUGGGGAAACUAGGGUAUAGCGAGUUUGUUGCGCAUGGGACAGGGUGGGGAUUUAGUAUUUGUCGUGUGCUAGCGAUACGGUACCCGAAAGCUUGUCUCGCCGUGCAUACAGUCAAUCCGGCGUUCAAGGCGCCGACGUAUAGACGGAGUCCGCUGCAGUAUGUCAAGUGGCGGAUUGCGGAGUUGACGCAAGCAAAGGUACCGUUGUUGAGUUUUGGAUAUGUUGGUAGCGAUGUCGAACCACGAUCUGGACAGCGGAGGGAGGACUUGGGGACCGAAAAUGAGAUUGAUAGUAGUCGACCGUUGGGGCCGGCACUACAUCGUCUCUACUCGCUUCGACCGCAGACACUGGCGUUUUCACUAUGUGACUCGCCCGUUGGUCUGCUUGCAGCACUCUUGGAUGUCAUCCAUACACGAGAUGUUGCUCCGCGGCCAUUUUCGGGCAGGCCGAGGAGCCCGUUUCUUUCGCCGGUUGAGCUGGAGAUGCAGCAGAGUGAUGAGGAGCAGGUUGAGGUUGGUCAAGUACCAUCGGGGCUCAUGCCACAGUCUCCAGACUAUACUGCAAGAGAAGAGGAGAGCGACGGCAAGAGAUAUACAUGGAGUCCGACAGAGGUGUUAAAUUUUACAAUGUUGCAGUGGCUGCCGGGGCCUGAAGCGGCUCUUCGCUGGCUGCGCAGUGCAUACAUGGACACAAUGGCUCCAUGGUAUUCCAAUCAUAUACUGACACCACUCGGAGUAUCGACAUUUCUUCCGCACAAUAGCAAUUCCUCUGCGCCUCUGAUGUGGGGGACUAGUUUCUGGGACAUGUCGUGGGUCAAGCGACACAGCGGACGAUCCGCGAUGCUACCAGGAUUCGAGACGCCCGACACGCUAGUAAUUGAUUUGCGGGAGUGUUUCAGCAGCAUGGUGGAGAAAGGACGGAUCGUAUUCAAAGUACCAGAAGGGUAUGUUUGCUAUAGCUGGGAAAAGACUAAGGUGGAGGCUGUGAGGGGCUGCAAAAGGCAUAGCGGUACCAUGGCGUAUGUAAGCGGUGGCACUGCGGCACAAGAGGCUGGCAUAUCCUGGAGCCGAUGA